AUGACGGAGCUGCAACCGCAGACUCGGCCAGCUACGCAAAAGUUGUCAGUCCUGCAUGGUCCCCUCGAGCCUCCCCUCGUCGACUUGACUCUUGGGGAGCUUCUCCAGCUCCAAACGUACCAGCAUGGAACUCAAGAGUGCAUCGUCAUUCCCUGGACCGGAGCACGGUGGACGUACAACGAGUUGAACCAACAGAGUUCCUCCCUGGCACAAGCCCUGUUGGACAUGGGAAUCGGGGUUGGAGACCGCGUGGGCAUCAUGGCCGGGAACUGCGAGCAGUACGCUGCCGUCUUCUUCGCAGUGGCCAAAAUCGGCGCCAUCCUCGUCAUUCUGAACAACACCUACACGCCUACCGAGGCCAUGUACGGCCUGGAGUUUUCCGACUGCAAGGUAUUCUUUACCACGCAGACAAUCGGCCGGUUGGACAACCGAAAGCUUCUUGCUGCGCUGGACAACAAAACGGACGGGCCCAAGGUCUUCAUCCUGCGAGGCGAAGCAGGAAAACACCCAACGUAUGAGUCCCUCAUCAAAUCGACCAGUCGCAAGAGCUGCGACAACUUGUACAGAUCUAUGCAGCGAGUGCUGCCACAUCAGGUCGUCAACCUGCAGUUUACAAGUGGCACGACGGGUCUCCCAAAGGCUGCCAUGCUCACUCACCACAAUCUGGUCAACAACUCCCGCUUCAUCGGCGACAGGAUGAGGAUCACGUCGGAGGAUAUCCUUUGCUGUCCUCCCCCCAUGUUCCACUGCUUCGGGCUGGUCCUCGGCCUUUUGGCCAUGGUCACGCACGGUGGCAAGAUUGUGUAUCCGGCUGAAGUCUUUGACAUCCCCUCUACUCUCCAAGCCAUCUCCGACGAAGGCUGCACGGCUGUGCACGGAGUUCCGGCCAUGUUCGACUCUCUAUUCCAGGCCGAGUUCCCGCCCGGGUUCAACUGCGACAAGCUGCGGACCGGAAUCAUUGCUGGAGCGCCCGUCCCGCGAUACUUGAUGGAGCUUCUGGUCGACAGGUUCGGCAUGACAGAGUUCACCAGCAGCUACGGCCUGACAGAGGCCUCGCCGACCUGCUUCAACGCCUUCACCGACGACGCCAUGGACACGAGACUGACCACGGUCGGCACCCUGAUGCCGCACGCCCAGGCAAAGAUUGUCGACCGUGACGGCAGCAUUGUGCCCGUGGGCACAAGGGGAGAGCUCUGCAUGGCGGGAUACCAGCUCCAGGCCGGAUACUGGAAUAAUUCAGAAAAGACCAACGAGGUCAUGGUUCGGGAUGCGGCAGGGCUUCUGUGGCUGCACACGGGCGACGAGGCUGUCUUUGACGAGAAUGGAUAUUGCACCAUUACUGGGCGAUUCAAGGAUAUCAUAAUUCGAGGCGGAGAGAACAUCUACCCUCUUGAAAUCGAGGAGCGGCUCAUGGCGCACCCGUCAGUCUCCCGGGCCAUCGUGGUCGGACUCAAAGACGAGCACUAUGGCGAAGUCGUCGGCGCCUUUGUCGAGAGACUCGAAAGCAGCCCUCGGCCGACAGACCUGGAGUUGCGCGAUUGGGUCCGCAACACGUUGGGCAAACACAAGUCCCCUGCGCACAUUUUCUGGCUGGGCCAAGACGGGGUUCCUUGCGACGUGCCGUUGACUGGCAGCGGGAAAGUGAGGAAGUUUGAGAUGGCGGCAUUGGGUAGUGAGAUUUUGGUCAAGAGAUGGCAGACAUCAAAGUUGUAG